UGAAGUCUGGCUCGAAUGUGAUUACUCUCCGAGAAUCCACAAGAAUCUCUUGUGUUGAAUUGUCAUAGCAAGUAGUAACGCCAGUGUAGUUGUCUCCAUUUUCGCCCCUUCUUCGUAGUUUUCGGUUCAUAUUCUGGCGUCACGAACGAUAAAGACAUUUAUUUUGUUGCGUUCUUUCAAAAACAAAUAACAAGCAAAUUCAUAAAAGAAAAGGUAGAAGAAUAAGCGUUGCUUAUGCGGUACGAAACGACGAGCGUGGAUUUCCAUCGAUUCCCACCUUGCGGUAGUCAAACGUGUAUGUAAGCAAGCACUGAGACGAAUACAUAAGAAUGGAUGUGGUGGAAGAGGGGGAGGCGAAAAUGUGCAGGCUUUGCGGCCAGUACGAGAAAAUCUACAUCGACGUUUUCGGCGAGGAAGGUAUCAAACGUUAUCUUGGUCUCAAGAUUCACAGGAAAAUUAAUAUCUUGAUAGAUGAGAAGGAUCCUCUUCCCAAAGCGAUCUGUGUUCAGUGUUUGGGCAAACUCGAAUUUGUUUGUGACUUUCAAGAGGAAUGUCUGCGCACUCAACAGGUGUUACGUGAUCAGUAUAAUCUUCCACCAUUAACAGAGUCUACAGAGGUAAAAGAUGAAGAAUCAACAUUGCUGGUGGGUUCGUCAUCGUCAGAUAAUAACAACAGUAUUGAAAAAGAUCUUAAUUCCACUAGAAACAAUCAAACCGAGGAUGUAGUCAAGGAUCCAGUGGAACAGCAGAAAAAGAGAAAUACCACUUCGAAGAUUUUAAGAAGCCUUCGUAGUCAACAACAGCAGCAACAAGUUUCCAAGUGCAAUGAUGAAAAUGCAGGAAAAAAUGUACAGACUCAAGGUACAGAAUCAUCACCGACUCGUUGGCUUAGAAGCAGGCAAAGCGCAGAUUCAUCUGUGGUGGACAAUGAAAAGAUUCCGAUUGCAAAUAGAUUAAGGAGUCAUGACAAUGUGGAAACUAACACCAAUAAUCGUUCUGUGAAUAAUAAUAAUAAUAAUAAUAGCAAUAACGAGAAUACAGAAAAACAAUGUCCGAAGCAGCAACAACAACAGGAUUCAUCGGUGACGAUUCAGUUACCAACUACAGCUUUGAAUAAAUUAUUGACGAUUGUUUCUAGCUCUCCCGAUAUCGACGUUUCUGUAAAGGAGACAAGAAAUCGAAAUAACGAUGCCGAAGAUAUUAGCUUUACUGUGGAAUUGUGUAAGAAACAAAAUGAUGAGGUAUCGACGGUGCGAGCACGGGUUUUCCCUGAUCAGGGCUAUUGUCUAGUCGAUACAGCAAUCGUACCUUUGUUGCAAAGCGAAAACAGAACAGAGGUGAACAGUAUUGUCAAUAGCAUUCUUAGCAAUACGUCGUCGAAAAACAGUAGUCCUGUGGCAAAGUUGAAAGAUUUAGCGGAGUUGGAACAGCGACUAGAAGCAACGCAGAAUCCAGAAGAGCUCUUUAAAAUUGAUGGCGAGGAGAUUAAGGUAGAUGAUAAUGUGGAGCACGUGGUAAAUGGAACACAGAAUGGUUAUGCGUGCAAACUCUGCCGAAAAUUCUAUGAACGCCGAGAUAAGUGUACAGUUCAUGUGAAGACACAUCUCGGUAUCAAGCAAUAUACAUGCGUCGUCUGCAACGCCAAGUUUGUUUGCAAAUCUGAUGUGAUGAAGCACAUUCGAUGCUCGCAUACUAAUCCCAGACCCAUACAAUGUCCCAAAUGUCCUAAACGAUUUAAAUCCAAAUUUUAUCUAGCUGAACAUGACAAUGUUCAUAAGGGUAUACGACCGUACAGUUGUACAGACUGUGAACAGAGUUACCACCACAAGGUUUCAUUACAGAUCCAUAUGAAGUCGCAUUUACCACCGCAAAAUCUGGCCUGCGAAUAUUGUGGCAAAGUCUUCCCGUUUCGCACGCGAUUACUCGGCCAUAUCGCAAGUGUUCAUAUGAAAAAACGACGUAAUUUUCGUUGUCGCUUUUGUUAUAAUCUUUACUCGAGUCUAUCGGUGCUAAAUGAACAUAUCAAAACUCGCCAUGCGACCACAUAUACGUGUGAGACAUGUGGCAAGACUUUUAAAGUCGCUUCCAAGUAUAAAGCGCACGUACUGCAGCACGCCAAUCCUAAACCGUUUGUGUGCAAUAUUUGCAAUAAUCGUUAUGCUUCUAAAGCGUUUCUUAAUGAGCAUUUGUUAAAGCAUGAAGGUUUACGUAAACAUAUAUGCCAAGAGUGCGGUGCGAGUUUUGCACAAGCGAGUCAUUUGGCUGCUCAUCGUCAUGUACAUGGAGAAAAGACGCACGCGUGUCCGGAAUGCGGUAAAAAAUUCAAUCGUCGUGACAACAUGAAAGUGCAUCGUAAACGGCAUUUCGAUGAGAAAAAGACUAGUAUAGCUAGCAAACAGAAAGUUACAUCCAACAAUAACAACGUAACUGCUCUUACUACGUCUGUUAACGAGAAGUAAUAACGAAAUUCAUAAUAUAUAAUCACUGGAGAGGAGAAAAGACUAUAGAGAUCUGUACAAAUCUCUUAAUAAACUGGACCAGAGUUCGCGAUGAAUUGAAGAUAUUGAAAUUGAAUACUUAGUAAGAGUAUUUUGAAGUUGCUCAAAGAUAAUAGUCUUUUGCUUAUACACAAUUGGUGCUUCAAUGAAUUCCCAAUGUCAUUCCUAAUGCUCUUAUCUUUAGCAGUACAGCCGAACUCUCUCUCCUUCACGUAUUCUUAACAUGUCGGGACCAAAUCUCUAAUC